AGGGCUAACUUGUGGUAUUUUCAACAGAUACCCCUGUUUGCAUCUGGGUUCCAAAAAAUAUUGGUCGUUUUAGCUCGAAAGAUCCUUCCCGAGUCACAGGUGAUUAAGACUCAAGCAUGGGUUGAGCAGGAAUGGAAUGACCCGCAAUUGGUGUGGGACCCAGCAGAAUUCGACGGUAUCUUGUCAAUUCAUGUGCCAGCUGAAGAUAUUUGGAGACCCGAUAUCGUACUCUAUAACAACGUCGAUGGGAAAUACGAAAUAACAACACUAACCCGAGCAGAGGUCUUCUUCAAUGGAACCGUGCGGUGGAUGCCACCUGCACUCUACUUGAGUUUCUGUCGCAUUGACAUGGAAUACUUUCCUUACGACGAACAAACUUGUUCUAUGAGAUUUGGAUCUUGGACAUAUGAUGACCUCCGUAAACCAAACCUUCGGCACAAUUUGUUGUCUUCUCAUUCUAUCCUAGUGGAAUUACGCCAUCACCUUCAGAAAUAUGCUCCUGAGUUGUCUCGUCCCUUGCACAUCGACUAUGCAGCUGAUUUGUACAACUUUGGUAGUACUGUGGAGUACGAUAUCGUCUCCGUCUCAGCCAUUUGUCAGGAUCAGGACUACAAGCACUCCCUCCACCCAGAGGUGACAUUCUAUUUGCGCAUGCGUCGUCGCACUAUUUUCUAUACGUUCAACCUCAUGCUGCCCUGUGUGGCCAUCACCACCCUCGCUGUCGUAACGUUCUACUUGCCUCCGGAGUGCCGAGAGAAAAUCUCCCUCUCCAUAACCAUAUUUCUCUCUCUCUCACUCUUCUUCCUGCUCAUAUCGGAGACCACCCCGCCCACUAGUUUGGCGGUGCCUCUCAUUGGGAAAUAUCUACUCUUUACGAUAGUUCUUAUAACAUCGUCAAUAAUGGUCACGGUGAUGGUGCUGAACAUUCACUUCCGGUCUGACGAGACGCACACCAUGGAUUUAUGGACAAGACGAGUUUUCCUGGAAAUUCUUCCGCCCCUAUUGGGCCUUCAUGCGCCGAAGCAACGGCGGCCGCCAGAAAGUCACAAGGUGAGAAAAGUUAGAAGCCGAGUUUUCAACUUCAAUGGGACUUUCUUUCGGAUAAUUUUAUGCCCUUUCAUCGCAUUAUUCUGUUUUGCACCAAAAAAGCAAAUGACGAAGCAUUUUAAAAUUGGGUUCGAAGUAGACUUGCUGUUGCAUUGGUGUGCAGUUUAG